AUCUAAAAAAAGCAUCAUCAACCCACCAAAAUUGGCACAAAUUUUGUACAUUCAAUCCACCUUACCUCCACCACCCAUCAAAAAUACACACGUACACACAAAAAACUACCAACAUCUUCCUAUAAUCCAACAUUAACAACAACAAACCAAAAAAACAGCAACAAUCUAAUGUUUUUGCCUUACAAUUUCCCGAAAUUCAUUGACAUUAAUCAAAAUUUUCUCCAUUCCUGAUUCUUACACUCAACCCAUUCCUGGGUAAGGAGGAAUGAUGAUGGACAACAACAUAAAAAAACCAGUAAUUAUUCACACCCUUCAUUCCUCCUCCCUAAUCUCACCAUUUCCAUCAUCUUCCAUGGCUUCCUUCAUCCCUUUCCUCUUUUCUCUCAUCUUAAUCUUCACCAUCUCCAUCUCCGCAGCGCCGAUCAGCUUCAACCCAAAAGAUAGUUUCUACAUUGCUUGUGGAAGCAAUCAAAAAAUCACCACCCCAGAUGGUAAAACUUACCAAUCAGAUCAAGAUGCUCAUGGGUUUCUUGCGGCUGAAGAUAAGUACUUAGUAUCCGACCCGAAUGCAAAUGGACCCUCCAGAAUCUAUAACUCUGCAAGGGUUUUCUUGAAAGAUGCUACCUAUACGUUUACAUUACAGGAUUCGGGUUGGCAUUGGGUCAGGCUCCAUUUUCUACCCAUUAAAACUGAUAUAUUCAAGCUUGAAACCGCCAAUUUUAAUGUUUUUACUGAUGAAGCUACGUUACUUCAUAGUUUUAGUGCUAAUAAUUUAACGAAAAAGGAAUACCUAAUUCAUGUUAAAUCGCAACGGUUCAACAUAAAAUUUGAACCCCAGAAAAAUUCUGCUGCUUUUAUUAAUGCCCUUGAAGUUUCUACUGCUCCUGAGAAAUUGAUUGGUGAAACGGGUCAGAAAUUGUACCCGGUGGGUCAAUUUGAUGGGUUGAACCAGAAAUCAUUUCAAACUGUUUAUAGGAUUAAUGUAGGUGGGGAUUUGAUCACAUCUGAGAAUGAUACUUUGGGUAGAAUGUGGGUCCCAGAUGAGGAAUAUCUCAAGACAAAAAAUAUGGCAAAAAAUAUGAAUGUUCAAACAAAUGUGAUCAAAUACCCAGAACUUGUUCCAUCAUAUAUGGCCCCACAAAAGGUUUAUGCUACUGCUGCAGAAAUGGCGGAUUCAAAUACCAUCCAGCAAAUCUUCAAUAUAACAUGGGAAUUUGGAGUUGAAAAGAGUUAUCCAUAUUUUGUAAGGUUACAUUUUUGUGACAUUGUUAGUAAAGCUUUAAAUGAGUUAUAUUUUAAUGUAUAUAUCAAUGGAAAAUCAGCUAUUUCUGGGUUUGAUUUAUCAUCAAUAACAGGGAAUUUAGCAACCCCGAAUUACCAAGAUAUUGUAGUGGAUUCGAGUUUGAUUGAUCAAGAUAAAAUCGUGGUUCAAAUUGGGCCAGCUCAAGUCGAGUCUGGCCCAAAAAACGCGAUCUUAAAUGGGGUUGAAGUGUUUAAGAUGAAUAAUAUUGUGGGUAGUUUGGAUGGAGAAUUUGGUCCAGAUGGGAAAGCAAUUCCUCAAGAGGGUCAUAAGAAGAUGGUUGCAGCAGUUGGGUUUGCUAUGAUGUUUGGAGCCUUUGUUGGGUUAGGUGCAAUGGUGGUAAAAUGGCAUAAAAGGCCUCAAGAUUGGCAAAGAAGAAACAGUUUUUCAUCUUGGUUACUUCCUCUUCAUGUAGGGGAUUCUGCUAUUUUUGGAAAGAGUAAUUAUGGGUCUCAUAGAAGUAGUGUGUUCUCUACUGGUGGGUUUGGUCGUAGGUUUACUUUUGAGGAGAUUAAGGAGUGUACCAAGAACUUUGAGGCUAGUGGUAUUAUUGGUGUUGGAGGGUUUGGUAAUGUCUAUAUUGGAACAUUGGAUGGCACUCAGGUAGCGGUCAAGCGAGGUAACCCUCAGUCGGAGCAAGGGAUAAACGAGUUCAUGACCGAGAUACAAAUGUUAUCCAAGCUUCGUCACAAACACUUGGUAUCUUUAAUAGGAUACUGUGACGAAAAUAAUGAGAUGAUUCUAGUGUACGAGUUCAUGUCUAAUGGACCAUUGCGCGACCACCUCUAUGGCAAGAAUAUGGCCCCAUUGUCUUGGAAACAAAGACUCGAGAUCAGCAUAGGAGCAGCUCGUGGACUUCACUACCUACACACGGGAUCAGCCCAAGGAAUCAUUCACCGAGAUGUCAAGACAACGAAUAUCCUUCUUGAUGACAAUUUCAUUGCAAAGAUGGCAGACUUUGGACUCUCCAAAGACGGUCCAGGCCAACAAGCCGACCAUGUUAGUACAGCAGUUAAGGGUAGUUUUGGGUAUCUUGAUCCAGAGUACUUCAGAAAACAGCAACUGACAGACAAAUCAGAUGUGUAUUCUUUUGGUGUGGUUCUACUCGAGGUUUUAUGUGCUCGUCCUGCCAUCAACCCAGCCUUAACUAGAGAGCAAGUAAACCUUGCAGAAUUUGCAAUGAACUGGAAAAGGAAAGGAAUGCUCGAUAAAAUCAUCGAUCCAGUCUUAGUUGGGUCAAUAAACCCUGAAUCUAUGAAAAAAUUUGCUGAGGCAGCCGAGAAAUGCUUAGCAGAGUAUGGAAGUGAUAGGCCGACAAUGGGUGAUGUAUUAUGGAACUUAGAGUAUGCUUUACAACUUCAAGAAGCCUCGGUUCAAGGAAAGACCAAAGAUAUUUCAACUCCAGGCACAAAUUCGACUGCAACUUCUCCGACUGCAGCAGUUGAAUCAGCUCCACAGCCUCGCCCCAAUGCCAUCAUUCCUGAACAGACACAAGGUCUUGAUGACAAGUCUGGAACUGCUUUGCUUGCACAAUUCAGUAAUCUAAGUGGAAGAUAAUGAAAAAAAAAGAAAAAAAUUCUUUUUUCUGGAUAAUUGGAAUCCAAAGCUCGUGUACAGAAGCGUUUGAUCAUGAUUUUUUAUGAUCAAUGUUGGCAGUGGUGGUGGAGAUGGUGAUGAUUUUGUUUUCACUGCGUUUUUCAUGUCAAAAAACAAUUCAAUGGUGUUAUUUAGUGAUGUUUAUAGAUUGUUUAUGUAUAAAAAAUUGCUUCUUUGGUUCUGGGCAGUGUAUAACUUACUACAUGGUGAAAUUUUAUUAUGCAUAUUUGUGUACUUGUGUUAAUAAUUGAUCAUG